GCGGAGCGACAAGCCGAAGAGGUGAGGCGCGUGAAGAGAUACCAGCACGGCUUCAUCAACGACCCGAUCGUCCUGAGUCCCGACAAGUGCGUGGCCGACGUGGUUGCCGUGAAGAAGACGCGCGGAUUCACCGGCGUCCCCAUCACCGACACCGGCGCGCUGGGCGGCAAGCUUAUCGGUAUGGUCACCGCCAGGGACAUCGACUUCCUUCCCCCGGACAAGCACGACACGCGCCUUGCCGAGGUGAUGACGUCGCUGGAGAACCUGGUCGUGGCGCCCUCCAAUAUCACCCUGAAAGAGGCCGAAGCCCUGCUCCAGAAGAGCAAGAAGGGCAAACUUCCUCUGGUGAACGAGCAGGGCGAGUUGGUGUCGCUCAUUUCUCGCACAGACAUGAAGAAGCGCCGCGGAUACCCGCUGGCUUCGGACGACGAGAACAAGCAGUUGCUGGUCGGGGCGGCUCUCGGAACCCGGGAGGCAGAUAAGCAGCGCCUCGAGCUCUUGGUCGAAGCCGGCGUGGACGUCGUCGUUCUGGACUCCUCGCAGGGCAACUCCAUCUACCAGAUCACCAUGCUGAAAUACAUCAAGAGCAAGUACCCGAACCUACAGGUCAUCGGCGGCAACGUCGUCACCUCUCCUCAGGCGAAGAACCUCAUCGACGCUGGCGUCGACGGGCUUCGCGUUGGCAUGGGUUGCGGCUCCAUCUGCAUCACCCAGGAAGUGCUGGCGUGCGGGAGGCCACAAGCCACGGCCGUGUACAAGGUGGCCGAUUACGCGAGGAGGUUCGGGGUGCCAGUCAUCGCGGACGGCGGCCUCAGAUGUCUGGGCCACAUCGUCAAGGCGUUGGCGCUGGGUGCUUCCACUGUCAUGAUGGGCGCUAUGCUGGCCGGCACGACCGAGGCGCCCGGCGAAUACUUCUUCGCCGAUGGGGCGCGUCUCAAGAAGUACCGCGGCAUGGGAUCCCUGGAGGCGUUGACCAGCGUCAAAGAUAGCGGGAGCCUCGACCGCUACCACCAAACCGGACGAGACAAGGUGCUCUUGGCACAGGGAGUGACGGGCAACGUUGUGGACCGUGGAUCGGUCCAUCGGUACGUGCCGCACCUCAUCACUGGCAUCAGGCUGGGCUGCCAAGACAUCGGGGCACGCAGCUUGGACGCGCUCAGGACGAAUAUGUACUCGGGCGACGUCAAGUUUGAAAAGAGAUCGACCUCUGCUCAGGCUGAGGGUAGAGUGCAUGACUUGAACUCGUAUGUAUGA